CCCACGUCUGCAUGGAGCCCUGGCCGGGCCACGAGCGGGCCCUGCGGUCUGCCCCGGGGCUGGCCCCGGAGACACAGAAAUCGCGGCGGAAGUCGAGGACAGGAACCGAGGCGGGGGCUCCUAGUCCGCUGCAAACCCGCCGCUUCUUGUUCUGCCUUUACCUGGUGGGCUUCUUGGAUUUGUUUGGUGUAAGCAUGGUUGUCCCUUUAUUGAGCCUUCAUGUCAAAUCUCUUGGAGCAAGUCCAACACUUGCUGGAAUAGUAGGCUCCUCCUAUGGCAUUUUACAACUCUUUUCUAGCACGAUGGUGGGCUGCUGGAGUGAUGUGGUGGGAAGACGAUCUUCCUUGCUAGUGUGCAUUCUCUUCAGCGCCCUAGGUUACCUUAUUCUUGGAGCAUCAACCAAUGUGUUUCUGUUCACCCUGGCUAGAGUCCCUGUGGGUAUUUUUAAACACACACUCUCCAUUUCAAGGGCUCUGCUUUCUGAUCUGGUUGCAGAGAAGGAACGACCACUGGUAAUUGGACAUUUUAAUACAGCAUCCAGUGUGGGCUUCAUCUUAGGCCCCAUGGUUGGAGGGUAUCUUACUGAACUAGAUGGUGGAUUCUAUCUAACAGCCUUCAUCUGCUUUUCUGUCUUCAUUCUCAAUGCUGGUCUGGUUUGGCUAUUUCCAUGGAAUGAAGUAAAACUAGACAGCACAAAGAAUGGCCUGUGGUUAAGGAAGCAUGGUGGGGGGUUAGGAAAUAGAGACCAUCAAAUGCUGGGAGCACAUACCACUCAUGAGACCACGGCGAGUGAGAAGAAAGCUCGGCUGCCCUGGAUGGAAGUGGUGUCCACACUACAGAAUAUGAAGAGCCUGAUAUUUUCUGAGAUGUGGGACAUAUUUCUAGUGCGCCUGCUGAUGGCUGUGGCGAUCAUGCUUUACCAUAGUAAUUUUGUCUUGGCCCUUGAGGAACGCUUUGGGGUGAGGCCCAAGACCACAGGCUACCUCAUCAGCUACAGCAGCGCAAUAGGGGCCCUUGCGGGCUUUGCCCUGGGGCCCCUUAUGCGGCUGUACAAGCAUAACUCGCACACCAUCCUGCUGCACUCCAACGUGCUCACCUUCCUGCUGCUGCUGCUCUACUCCACGGCACACACCACCAGCAUGGUCAUCUUCUCCUCGACCCUCCUUUCCUUCUCCACUGCCGUUGGCAGGACGUGCAUUACAGACCUCCAGCUGACUGUCGGGGGCAUCCAGGCCAGCGGCACCCUCAUCGGUGUGGGGCAGUCAGUGACAGCGAUGGGCCGGAUCAUUGCCCCCCUCCUCUCAGGAGUUGCCCAGGAGGUUAGCCCUUGUGGCCCCCCCAGUCUGGGAGCAGCAUUAGCCCUAGUGGCUAUUUUUAUAAUGUUACUAAACAAACCUCUAUACAGUGGUGAUACAAGUGAUAAAUUAAAAAGUGAAUAGAACUGAUUUGGACUACAUGAGAAAACAAAAUUCAAAGUGUAUGAAUGAGGGACAGAGGCAUGAGGAGAAAAGGGCUUUGGAAGGGGUCAUGGUGUAAGUGAAACAACUACAUCUGAGGGACUGUUUUGGUGGCAUCCAAGUCAGACCCGGAUGGAGGAAGGUUAAAAUCAGGGCAAAGCUUUUCCAAAUUGAAAGAUAUUAAAUAUUUACCUAAGUCUGUUCUGGGCCAGUGUAGUUAAAAUUUUCAAGAGUGUUAAUGCUCCCCACUACAGAAUAAGGAAAUAAUGGUGGGACAACAGAACAUAAUAUGUGCAAGCAGGGAAGAGACCACAAGGAUUUCCCUACUAAAUGAAGAGAGGCCCAGAUUUCAUGUUAGACUCCAUAAGCUAAGAAGGAGAUUUUCUGCUAUCAAAAUCUUAGAGUUGGAGAAGCUGCUUUAUUACAACAGGAAAGUCCUAACAAGAUUAGGAAUACUUGUUCUAGCUGGGGAACUAGUUAAAACUCAGAGACUAAUUCAUGGGCCUAGGUGAGGCCCAGAAACUUCCUAUGUUUAGUAAGCACAACUUGCAAUUUCUUAUUAGAAAAAUAAUUAUUUUGAGAUAUACUGCUCUUGAUUAAAAUAAAAGCCAGAAACUUGGUUGUUUUUGUUAAUAGCUAGCUGUUAGAAUUGUAUAAUCAGUGUUAAUUGUAUAAUUCCAGUGUGUGCAAUCAUAGGAGAAAGCAUUUUGUGGGGUCUGUUCCAUGUCCAUUACCUCUGAAACCCCACACUCCACAGACAGCUGAGCUUGUGUUUCUGACAAAUCUACCUGAUGUCAGGCAUGCAGAUCUGCUUCUAGAGGCCAGCACUCUACCAGUCUGGUGAUAGAAGCCAAAGCACAGAAAUGCUUUGAAGAGGAAUGAUUUAUGUAGAGUAAGAGAGUCAGGCAUCAUGCCACGUUGGAGGAACUUAAUUCUUCAGCAUCUUGUAUUGAAAAUAAUUUCCUUCAUUUCAUUUUACUACCACACCUGCAGACAGAGCACUGUAGUGAUCUACAGGGAAAUAUUAAUAUGCCUUUUGUGAGGCCUAGAGUGAAUCACCCUUCCAAACACAUUGCCCAAGGGACCAGCUGAGAGACCCAGAGUGAGCUGAGUACAAACUCACAGGGAGCUGCUUGCAAGGCACUUGCUGACUGUAUGGAUGAUGUUAAUUUCAAUAAAAAUUGUUUAGGAACUUCCUUUCUCCCUCACACAGCCAGCAAAGUCCUCUAAAUUAGUCCACUAGGAUAUUAUUCCUGUUUUCAACCCAAUCCAUUGAUAAUUCCAAAUAAUAUAUUAAUACAUUGAUUUGCUUUAACUUUAAUAUUUAUUAUGUGUAAAGCAGAAAACAUAUUCUUGUAGUUUUAGAAGUUGUGUGAGGUAAGCUCAAAUGUUUAUGAUAAAGAACAAAUUGGAAGUUUAAAGUUUAUCCUUUUUCCUGUCCAGCUAUAAGAAAAAUAUUAACUUUCUAUUGUGUUGUAAUUGUGAACUUUUAUUCAAGUGCCAAGUGCUACUAAUGAGAAUGAAAUACAAUAUAAAAUUCAGAAGCAUGCUAAAUUGUGGAUAUCCAACUCAAUAGACAAGAAAUAGGGGUUUAUGUAAUGAAGUAGAAUUUCAGAAAAAUUUCUCCAAAGACAAGCUUUUUUUACUCUCAGAAAAUAGGCUUGUUUCCUAGGAGCUUUUAAAUAUAGCCAUGUUUUAAUUUUUAAAAUCAUAGCACUAUUUUCAGUGUUAAAAUAAGCCUAUAAAUUUAAUGAGUUUAUAAUUAAUCAGACACAUGGAAAUCUGAAAACCAAAGAUUGAUCUUAGAGAGAGUAGAGAAAUAUUUUAAUAUUAUCCAUUAGUGAUUUCAGCAUUUUAUGCACAUGAUUCCUUUUUAGCUGACUCUUUCUUAUAGUUCCUCUUAAACAGUCUGAUGCUGCUCAGCCUGGCUGAGGACCCAUAGUAUCAGCAUCCCCUGUAGACAUGCAAGCGCUUGCCCCCCCUCAGACUUAUGGGGACCAUUUUCACAGCUACCUAGCUACUUUGUAUAUCCAGUAAAGUUUAAAAAUCACUGGUCUAUUUGUGCAGUUUACAUAAUAUGAUCUCAGGGAAAUUAAAUCUGCUUAA